AUGCUACCCGUCACCCUCGCGGCAAUCAUCUCCGUUUUAACGAUCUGGGGAUCGUUCGCUCCGGUUCCGUUUACGGAAAUCCGCCCCCAGCUCAAUUUAAAAUGGAGGGUGGUAGCAUCGACGAAAACAGUGCUAGUCGUGAGAGGCUGGUAUGAGAGCGUGAAUCUGGCGACAUAUUGCAUCGACAGAUUCGUGUGUCAUCCUCGUCCAUGCUUCCGACGCGUGGAAAACACAUGCCUUGCCGAGCUGGACAGCCUCGCAAACCUGUCCUCUCACGACGCCUUCGAAUUGGAUUUGGCUGCGAUGCAGAAGGCCUCUGUCCCCGUACCGACAAGAACCCUUCCCGUGCCGUCCCGUGUCGUCACCGUCGAGAGUGAACCGUCUGCCGUUCGCUCCCGUGGCGACUCCGACUUGAAAAUGGGACAAGCCGUCUGCAUCGUUGUGGCUUUGGUGUCCUCCUUGGUCAGUGGAUUAAGCUUCGUGCUCAUCAAAUCGGGGGCUAUGACCAAGAACCCCGGUAACCGCUUUGACGACCGACCGCCGCCCACCGAAAGCUUGGUCGAAGAUUCUUCUGUGGAAUCAUCAACCAACGCGGCCGAUAACAGUUAUCGGGGCUGGGAACUCGUUCCAUACACCGGCAACGUCUCUCUUGUGCGCGGAGCUGUUCCAACUUUAACCGUCCCGGUGUCCACCCCGAAGCAGGCAAAGGAAACUCCUCUGGUGGAACUAUGGAAGAACCCAGUUCUCUCUAGAGAACUGAGUUUCCACCCCAUUGUUUCCCAGGAUUUCCAGAACCUGAUUCUGGAGACACCGCGGCCCCAACAGCUCCUCCCCCCAGCGCAACCCCAAGAGCCAGGUGUCAUGGAUUCGACAGCCGAGUUGAACGUUUCAACAACUCCUGACUCGGCACCUAUCCCAGAGGAACCUGUUGGCCCUCCCACGGUGGUAUCAUCCACGGAGUCUUCGCCCGCUGUUCUGCCCGUUGAAAAAGAAGAACAGCCCGAACCGACAACCUCCGAGACUCCAGCGGAGAUACCAGCAACAACCGUGGAGGUUCCCGACACUCCACCAGAGUCCGCCGUCGCCGUCACCGCAGUCCCAGAAAGCGACAACUGCAACAGCAAUGGCACCGAGCCUGCGUUGCCCAAAGAGGAGCAACAAGAACAACAAAAGCAGCAGCAGCAGCAGCAGCAGGAGCAACAACAACAGCAGCCGGAACAACGGCAGCCGGAGCAACAGCUCGAGCAACAACCCGAGCAAAAGCCGCUGCAAAAGCAACAACAAGAAGAAGGACCGCAAGCCGAGUCCGAUAAGGAGGCUGGCGAAGCGGAUCCCGCCGAAAAGAAAAAGCGACGGAACCGACCGUCAAAGAAAACCCGCCAGCGACAAGGACGGGCGCGCCUCCUUGCCGCUCAGGACCAGGCAAUCCGUCAAGCCGAGGAGCAGGUCCAAGCACCUGCUUCCUCCAGCCAGUCUUGA